AUGUUUGAAAAUACUGAUUCAUCGGAUGAUAAUGAUGACAGUUUAUCUAAACAAGUUUUACCUACAACAGAUGAUAACAAUGAUCCGAUUGAUAUGAACAAAAUACCAACAACUGGAGAAGAAUAUUUGAGACAGGUUCGGAAACGUAAGGAACAGGAGUUAGAGCAAAAAUACCGAAACCGCGGUCGCGGUUUGGCACUUGGUGGUGGCCUUGAAUUAGCCUUAGCAUGUGACAUUCGCAUAGCUGCACAUACAGCUAAACUUGGUUUAACAGAAACAAAACUUGGUAUUAUUCCUGGUGCUGGUGGUACUCAACGUUUACCUCGAAUAAUUGGUUCAUCAAAAGCUAAAGAACUUAUAUAUACUGGACGAAUUUUGAGUGGUCAACAAGCAUAUGAAAUUCGUUUAGUUAAUGAAGUUGUUAAACAAAAUGAACAAUUAAAUGCAGCAUAUCAACGUUCACUUGAAAUAGCACAUGAAAUUGUUCAACAGGGACCAUUAGCUGUUCGAAUGGCAAAACAAGCAAUUAAUAAAGGUCUUGAAGUUGAUCUUCAAACAGGUCUUGAUGUUGAAGAAGGUUGUUAUGAUACUGUAUUAACAUCUGAAGAUCGUAUUGAAGGUUUAAAAGCUUUUCAAGAAAAACGAAAACCUGUUUAUAAAGGCGUUUAA